CACCGCCCGCACCGCAACGCACCGCCCGCCACCGCCCGCCCUCGCCCUCUGCCCCCCGCCGCGCGAUUCCUGCGCUUCCUGCGCGCGCCCAUGUGCCCGUCUACGCCGUACUCUCUCUGUUUGCGCAUCUCGAGACACCCGCACCAUGCCCGCGACCACAGCACCGCGCGCGCCCGCCGCGCAGUCGCCGAGGCAAAGGGCCCGGCCGCCCACGAGGACUGGUUCGGCUGAGGGCCGCAAGAGCCGGACAGUGGAGGCGCGCUGCCUGAAGGACGGGGCUGCCCGCAGUGGCACGUCGGCGGACCUGGCAGCGUGGGCGUCUGAGAACGACGAGCCCGUGGCCGGGCUGAUGGACGAGGUAGUCUGCGCGCUAGAGCGGCUGGAAUGCCGCAGCGCUGCACGCAACAAAGGAACUCACGGUGACGCUCGCUCGUUCCACAACUCUGGGACCCAGCGCUCACGGCUGCUCCCUCCCGCACCAGACUCCACCCCCGAUCUCUGGAUCGAACCGUCGUUGCGUAACGAUGCAUUGCCGCCGCCUUCUUACCAUGACAGCGUGGCAGAUCUGCCGCCCGACUACACAUACACCGAUGCGCUAGCUGCAGCGCACACGCCCGAAUACACUCCGUUUCCUUCUCUCAACGCUUCUCUCUGCUCUGACGUGCCAAACUGCCUGCGUAUAAGUUGCAACACGUCGCCUGCGUCCUCUUUGUUCAUAGACGAGAAAUCGCUACAUGCCCAUGUAGAUUUUGGGUUCACCGACGACGGGGUCAGGUCUCAUGCAAAGGGCGCAAAGAAGAAGAAUAAACCGCCUCAGAAAAGCAACCAAAACACAUCCAGUGCAAACAAAGACCCAACUCCGCCGCCAGAAGAGCCUCCUACACCGCCUGAAGAGCCUCCGCCACCAGCGGAUGGAGCCGGCUCAGGUGGCGAUGGUGGAGACGGAGGCGACGACGACAAGGACAAAGAUAAGGACAAGGCAGAUGGCGAGUGGGGCGAGUGGGGCGACGCCGUUCCGGCGAAGAAGAAGAAAAAGAGCAAGAAGCAGGCGCAGGAGGAGGAGGCAGAGCGUUUAAAGAAAGAGGAAGAGGACGCUGCGGCUGCGAAAGCGGCCGAAGAGGACGCAGAGCGAAUCAAAAAAGAGGAGGACGCUGCGGCUGCUGCCGCCGCCGCGGAAGCCGAGAAGGCAGCAGCCGAGCAGGCGGCAGCCGCACCAGAUUUAAGCUGGGCGAAUGACCCACCUGCUGAUGAUUGGGCUUUUGGUGCCACAACCACCAAGAAGAAGAAGGGCAAAAAGGGGAAGGCGGCCGAGGCAUCGCCUCUCCCUCCUCCCGACCCACCAGCUGCGGAAACCUUCAGCGAUGUGGCUCUCGACGACGGCGUACCCAAAAUCGACAUGAACUUUGGUAGUUCCGGAGAUAAACCAGACCUGCUUGGCGGAGGCGGGUGGUCAUCGGGCUGGGGCACGUCCAAAGGGUCUUCAGGGUGGGGCUUCGAUUCGACGCCACUGGGUGGUUCCAAGGACGCGUCGAACGACAACCCCUGGGGCUCGGACAAGAAGAAGCAAGACGACGGGUUCGAUUUCCAAUUCGAUGCUUUCAAGAGUCCACCUGCGGCAGCGGAGCCGGUAACCGAGGACAGCGCAUGGGGAUUUGGCACGUCAAAGUCGAAGAAGAACAAAGGUAGUGCUGCUCUGCUUGAUGAUUCCGUCCCUGAACCAACCGACGUGCCGAAGGCUGAAGAUGACUGGAACUUCACCUUCGGUGACAAAAAGAAGAAGGGCAAGAAGGGAGAUGUCGAAGAGCCAGCUGCACCGGAGCCUGUCCCUGAGCCACCGGCUGAGCCUAUUCCGGAGGUACCAGCAGUCGAUCCCUUUGCCGGCCUCAGCAAGUCGCAAAAGAAGAAACUUGAGAAGAAGAUGAAGGAUGAGGCAGCGGCGAAGGAGAAAGAAGAUGCUGCGGCGAAGGAGAAGGAAGAGGCUGAGAGAGAAGAGGCUGAGCGGAAGGCCAUCGAGGAACAGGAAGCUGAGCUCAAGCGAAUGGAGGAAGAGGAGGCUGAAGCUAAGCGACUCGAAGAUGAGGAGCUUGAGCGCCAACGUGUUGAGGCCGAGGAAGUCGCUGCCGCUGCUGCCGCUGCUGCCGUCGAGGCUGAAAAGAAGAAGGCUGACGCUGCUACUGAUGAUUGGGGCACUCCCGUUACCACAACUUCGAAAAAGAAGAAGAAAAAGAAGGGUGCUGCAGUUGAAGAGGAGCCUCCUCCUCCGCCUCCGCCUGAACCAGAAGCUGAACCAGAGCCUGAGCCUGAGCCUGAGCCAGAGCCUGAACCGAUCGUCGUUGUUCCUUCACCCGUGAAGGAGGAAGAGGACCCUUGGGGUGGCGGCUGGGGUGCAGCUGUUGGCAAGGAAAAGAAGAAAAAGAAGAAGAAAGGUGUUAUCGAGGAAGAGGCACCGCCACCGCCACCUCCGCCACCACCGCCAGCUCCACCAGAGGUUGAAAUCAUUGCGGACCCCAUCGAGGUAGUGUCACCACCUGCUGACGAUAAUUGGGGCGAUGACUGGGGAUUGCCCUCAACUACGAAGAAGAAGAAAAGCAAAAAGGGUGCCGCUGUUGAAGUUCUCGAACCUGACCCAAUUGUUGUUCUACCUGCGGAGGAAGCCAUCCUAGAUCUCGAGCCAGACCCGGUUGUUGUUAUCGAGGAGAAGAAGGAGAAGAAGAAAGAGAGCAGCAGUGACUGGGGGUUCAGCUCAAUCUGGGGCGGCGGCAGCAAGAAGGAGAAGAAGAAGAAGAGCAGCAAAACAGUCGAGCCGGAACUGGAAAUCGAACCAGUCGUGCUGCCUGAUAUCCAGGAGCCUGUUGCAGUAGAAGAGCCUGCAGCCGACGAAGAGGAUGACUGGGGGGCACCAUCAUGGAGCAAGGGUAAGAGGAGCUCUAAAGCUGAUGUGGCUGUCGAAGUCGUAGAAGACUCGACACAUCCUGUGCAGAAACCGGACGAAGAUGAUCCAUGGGGUAGCGCAGCCUUCAACAUCGGCAAGAAAGUCAAAAAGAGCAAAAAGGGUGCGCUUGGAGCGCCGACAUCCCCUGAACCUGAGCUUCCGCCGCCUCUCGAAAUCGAAGCACCUCCGCCAGCGCUUACCAAGAUCACUUCGAAAGACUCUGCAACCAGAUCUGCCACUGAAGACUUACUUGGGCUUGAUGAUCCUCCUCCAGAGGUCGUGGAGGAGGCGCCUAUCGAGGACAAGAAGGAUAAGAAGGACAAGAAGAAAGAGUCAAAGUCCUCUAGCAUGUGGGGCGGGUUCUCAUCGUCGUCAACUAAGAAAGAGAUCUCUUCUGAGAAGAAAAAGCGCGAAAAGAAGGAGGCUAAAGAGGCUGAGGAGGCUGCAGAGAAGGCGCGUCUGGAUCAAGAGGAGGCCGAUCGCCUUGCUGCUGAAGCUGCCGAGGCUGAGGCUGUCGCCGCUGCCGCCGCUGCCGCUGAGGAGCAGGCCCGAAUCGACGAGGAAGCCGAGCUUGUUCGCAUUGCGACUGAAGAGGAAGAGAGAAAGAAGAAAGAAGCUGAGGAAGAGGCGGCUAAGAGCUCUGGCUGGGGCAGCAGUCUAUGGGGUACCUCGAAGAAGAAAGAGACCACCAAAGAGCGAAAAGCCCGUGAGAAAAGGGAGGCUGAUGAGGCCACAGAGAAAGCACGCCUUGAACAAGAGGAAGCCGACCGUCUUGUUUCCGAAGCGGCAGAGGCGGCACGGCUGCAGCAAGAAGAGGCUGAUCGCGCUGCACAAGAGGAGAAGGAUCUGCUCCAAAGUGAUGCGAAAGCAGCAGCAGAGGCAGCAAUCGCCGCCGACGAAGCCCGACUUGACGCUGAGGAUGCUGUCCGAAUGCUCAGAGAAGACUUCGAAACGACUUCGGGACCUCCCAAGAAGGAAAUUGCGAAAGCUAAGAAAGAGCGCGAGGCCAAGGAGAAGAAGAUGAAGAAGCAGAUCGCCAAGCUAGAGCAAGAAGCUGCUGAUGCUGCUGAUGCUGCGGCGAAAGCUCAGGCGGACGCCGACAAUCUCGAGGCCGAAUGCGUUGUAGCUGGCAUUGACACGGCGUUCUUGAUGGAAUUCAAGCAGCCCGGUCCGGCUGCUGAAGAGGUACCUCCUCCGCCACCUGAAGUCCCUGCCGAAGAGGAGCCAGCGCCUGCUCCAACUGCAGACGAUGACAUCUGGAAUGCGGUCAAGGAUAUUCCUGAAGAUGAGCUCCUUGCCGAGCUUGGUGAGACAAAGACCACUCUGCCAGUCAAGAAAAAGGAGGACAGUGGUGGAUGGGGAAGCGCCUGGGGCAUUUCACUUCGUAAGACUAAGAAGGAACCUGAACCUGAGGUCAUACCCGAAGCAGUCGCUGAACCAGAACCAGAACCAGAACCAGAGCCUGUGGCUGAGCCCGAGCCCGAGCCGGAACCAAUUGUCAUCGUUGAGGAGCCUGUCUUAUCUGCCAAAGAGUUAAAGAAACUCGAAAAGGCGAAGAAGAAGAAAGGCAAGGUCGUCGAGCCUGAACCUGAACCGGUCAUUGUUCCUGAAAUCAUUCCUGAUGAGGUUAUCCCUGAGCCUGAGCCUGAGCCGGAGCCGGAACCAGUCUUCGAGGACGCUCCGGAACCUCCACCUCCACCUCCUCCGCCAAUUGAGAUUGUCGAGGCCACGCCGAAGAAGGAAAAGAAGUCCAAGAAGUCCAAGAAGUCUAAAGCUGUGGACGAAUUCGUUGACUUCGAAGAGCCUAUCGUUGUGCCACCGCCCCCUGCUGCCAGAAGGUCGCCUAUUCCAGGUGGAUUCCCGAUGGAUGAUGACAUGUUAAUCGACAUGUCUGGGCCGCCUCCUCCGCCGCCGUUUGAACCUGAAGCCCUGGAGCCCGAAGCAGCACUCGAGCCCGAAGUAGUACUCGAACCCGAGGUAGCACCUGAGCCUGAGCCAAUUCCGGAAGAUAUCCCCGAACCCGUCCCGGUCGUCGUCUCUGAGAAGAAAUCCAAGAAGCUAAAGAAGAGCAGCAAAUCAUCAAGAUCAGUACCGGUCGUAGAAGCUCCACCGCCUCUACCACCGCCGCCGCCUCCAGCUGAUGAGCCUGAAUUUGUUGAUGCCGAAGCAGAGCCAGCAGAGCCAGCAGAGCCAGAAGACAUUGUGGUCCUAGACAGUCUGCCUGUUGACCGUGAGCUGCUAUUGGAUGACGAUUUGCUGGACGUUGAAGACGCUCCGCCCAAGCCCCCCACUCCACCUAUUGAGCUCGACCCAGAGCCAUUUGAGGAGUCACCAAAGUCAUCAAAGAAGCAGCGCGCAAAAGUCGUUCGCGGGCAAUCUGGUUCAUGGGGGAUUUGGGGUGCAGCACCGCCAUCCAAGUCAAGAGAGAGCAGGAAGAAAUCUCGUGACGACGGUGCAAGUACUGCGAAGGCCGAAGUGACCCGUUCAAAGUCUGUGCGGACUUCGUCGACAAGGGAUCGAGACGUCAUGUCCAAGUCAUCCGGGUCUGACAAGAUGUCGAAGACCCCUUCUGCAAGCCGAACCAGACCUCAACGGGCGUCAACAGGCAUUGGCUCGCUCUUUGGCGCCUCGCCUUUCGGCACGGCACCAGCGCAUCCUACAAUGUCUCGAUCCAAGUCGCAUCGCACGUCUGCGACCCCCAAGAUGCUUUCUCGGCGGAACUCUGUAGAUCGCGACGCUGCAAUGAUGUCACCGCCGCAAACCGACACAGACAUGAAGUACUCAUCAAAAGCUGCCAAAGUAUUGGGCAGGGAGAAGCCCUCGCGAAGGUCGAGCACUAGGGACAAGGGCAAGUCUAGAGGUAAGCAUGUCACUAGCAGGUUGGGCCCCAUUGGUCGGCCCGCCGCAAACAACGGUUGGACGGAACUAACCGAGUGCUCAGCUGUGCCCGACCCGUACCCUCUCGAAGACGACCCCGUGAUGCUCGAUGACUCUCCCACACCAGUGCAGGAGCGACCAGAGACAAAGCGCCGCAAGUCGAAGCGCGGAUCCGUGCAACCCGAAGAGCCCAUCACUGCGCCGCCUAGCGCCGACGACCCUGUAAUUGUGGAUCCGAUGGAUGUGGAGCCAGCCCCAGUUGAGCCGGAGCGCAGGCCCCGCCGCGACCGCGAGCGCGAACACUCACGACGCGAACGAGCACCGUCCAUGGCGAAAGACGCGCUGCCCACGAUGGCUGGCGUCGCUGGUACUGCUGCCGCCGUCAGCGGCCUCAAGAGCAUGUUCGCCUUCGGCCGUAAGAAGAGCGCGCCGACGCCUCCCGAGGACCCGCGCGACCGCCGCAGGGCCUACGAGACGGAAGACGAACGCCGACGGCGCAAGCGAUCGACAAUGCGCGGCGAUAUUGAUGAAGAAGAGGCCAGCCGGCUGCGACGCGAGCGCCGCAGCGUUCGUCGCGAGCGCGAGGAGCCGGACUACAUGGCCUCGGGCGCAAACGGCAACGGCAGCACCGAGUACGAUGCCGAGCGCGAGGCACGACGGGCUGAGCGCAGAUCGCGUCGCGAACGUGAUGGAGACAAGGGCUCUCGCCGCGCUGAGAUGGACGAGGUCGAUUCAAAGGCCGAGAGGCGUCGCGAGCGUGAGCGCGAGAAUGAGGCCGCCAUCCUUGCGCAGAAGAAGGCGCGCCAGAUGGCCGAGCUCGAGCGACGCAAUAAGCAGGCCGAGGAGGAGCUGCGACGUAUGGCCGAGAAGGAGGAGCGCAAGCGCGUUCGCGCUGAGCGCAAGAUGAGCACUGAUGACCAGCACCGCUCGUUCCGCCGCAAGGACAGCCACCGCGAGCAACGCGAGCAGCGCGAGCCCGCCCGACCGCACAACGAGCGUCGCCGCUCACAUCAAGCUGAAACAGAGGACGAGCGUCGUCGCCGCCACGAUGAGCGCCGUGCAGCCCGACGUGCCUCCGAACACCCGACGCCCGUCAACGGCGAGCCCAUUGCCGACUAUUUUGAUUCGCGCAAUGCCGACGCUGCCGGGUCCAGCCGCUCGAGACAGCGCCCUUCACGCCGCGGUGCCGAUGAAGAACAGAACCGGCCGUACCUGAACAAGGGCCCCGACAAGACAUCCUCGUGGGUGCAGUCGCUCUCCGAUGACAACCCGCUGCCAGUCCCCAUCGCGGAGACGAUCCUCGAUCCUCCCCCCGGCAGCCGCGACGCCGAACUACUCGACGAAGAGACACCCAGCCAAGACGAAGACGUCCGCCUGCGCAUCGCCGGCCGCCGCGGCCCCAAGCGCGACAAAGAGCGCGCAGAGCGCCACGCCGAGCGCGACCGCGAGCGUGAAUCUGAGCGCGACCGCAAGCAGCACCGCCGCCGCUCGUACUUCGAGGAAGACGAGGAGCCGCGCUCCUCGAAGAGAGACUCCCGUCGCAAGACGUACGACCAGUACGCCGACCAGCCGGUGCGCACCUGGGACGGUCGCCCUGAGGAGACGCCCAGGGGCGUCAAGAGGGGCAGCUGGCUGAAGAAGAUUGCCGGUCUGGCGUGAGCUGCUGCGUUGAUCCUGAUUGCCUUUUUUGCGUCUGCAUUUGGCGUCCUGGUACUGUACUGCAUCGCGCGGCGUUUCUUGUUUCUGUGUUUUGGAUACCGGGUAUGCUGCCCAUACACCCACCCACCCAUCUGCACAGCACUUGUUCGCACUGGCAUUUGCAUUCGCACUCGUACUCGCAUUGCGUGGGCCGGGGUUUUGUCAUCGGUGUCAGCGUACGUGCUGCGUGCUGCGCAUCACGGUUUCGGGAUUGCUGCUGCAUUGUCCUGUUCUGUACCUACUGUUUUGUGUUGCUUUGCUUUACUUUGCUUUGCUUCUCUUUGAUUUUGUUUGCAGCGUUUCUGCGGUUCACGACGUUAUGUAUGUAUUGCACGAGAGGGACGCGGAAUGGGAUGGAUGGAUACACGGAAUGGAAUAGGAUAGGAGUGAGAUAGAUACCCCUUCGAAUUACACGACU